GCCACUGGGGGUGGGAGAUGGACGGAGGGCCUGGCGCUCUCCCUCAGGGAUUCUGUAGGCAGAUGAGGAUGGCAGGCAGGCAGGUCUGAUGCUGACCUGCGGGAGGCACCACUGAGCCAGUGCCUGUACCAUGUGCUAUGCUAAGCCCUUCACCUGUCCUGGGAGGUGGGCGUGAUCUCCCCUUCCCAGGGGACCUGGUAAGGUCGUGGGAGGGUAAGGCUGUCUAGGAACCCAGGGUCUGGGUUUCAGUCUCUGCUGAGGCUCCUAACCGCUUAGGGCACCUACAGGGUCAGGAGAGGAACCUGGGCGCUGCAGACCAAGGGUUUCGGGGGAAGGAUGAGAAGGCUUUAGGGAGAACUUUGGGCAGGCGAGGCCCUUGCUGCAUAUGCACCUCGCACAGGGCACCUGGUAGCCUGAUUCCGUUCCCUGCGCUGCCGCUUCUCAGGUCUGGCAGCAAGUCACUUAACCUCUGCGAGCCUCAUCCGUGAGCAGCUGCCAUUGCAUCUUCUCCAGGAGGUCCUUGUUGACGCGGGGACAGGGGAUCCUCCUCAUCUGGUCAUGUUCCCAGUGAGUGUCGCUCCCGAAGGCCUUCUCAGACGGGUGACAGAGGACAGACAGGUUGAGCCGCCUGGCAUUCUUGGGACCAGCUGUGAGCUGGUGGUAGCCAUUCUCCUCUCUCCGUGCGGUUGGAAGACCUCCUUUCCUGGCUGGCCCUGCCUGGCGGGCAUCAGUGUGUGGGCUGUCUCGACUGAGCUGCCCUUUCCGCCUGGAGAUCUGGGUCUGCCGCAGGGCUACGGCACAGGCUGUGACAGCUGGCUAGACCUGGAGGCUGUGGAUUCUCCAGCUUGGAACAGCCCCUCUUUGAUCUCACAUGGUGGAGACGCAGCCCCAUGAAGGUGCCCAGCCAUGCAAUGUUCCUGGAAGGCGGUCCUCCUCCUUGCGCUGGCCUCCAUCGCCAUCCAGUACACGGCCAUCCGCACCUUCACCGCCAAGUCCUUCCACACCUGCCCGGGGCUGGCGGAAGCGGGGCUGGCCGAGCGGCUGUGCGAGGAGGGCCCGACCUUCGCCUAUAACCUCUCCCGCAAGACCCACAUCCUCAUCCUGGCCACCACCCGCAGCGGCUCCUCCUUCGUGGGCCAGCUCUUCAACCAGCACCUGGACGUCUUCUACCUGUUCGAGCCCCUCUACCACGUCCAGAACACGCUCAUCCCUCGCUUCACCCAGGGCAAGAGCCCCGCGGACCGGCGGGUCAUGCUGGGCGCCAGCCGCGACCUGCUGAGGAGCCUCUACGACUGUGACCUCUAUUUCCUGGAGAACUACAUCAAGCCGCCGCCCGUCAACCACACCACCGACCGCAUCUUCCGCCGCGGGGCCAGCAGGGUCCUGUGCUCGCGCCCCGUGUGCGACCCUCCCGGCUCCGCGGACCUGGUGCUGGAGGAGGGGGACUGCGUGCGCAAGUGCGGCUUGCUGAACUUGACCCUGGCGGCCGAGGCCUGCCGCGAGCGCAGCCACGUGGCCAUUAAGACGGUGCGCGUGCCCGAGGUAAACGACCUGCGGGCCCUGGUUGAAGACCCCCGGUUGAACCUCAAGGUCAUCCAGCUGGUCCGAGACCCGCGUGGCAUCCUGGCUUCCCGCAGCGAGACCUUCCGCGACACGUACCGGCUCUGGCGGCUCUGGUACGGCACCGGGAGGAAGCCCUACAACCUGGACGUGACGCAGCUGACCACGGUGUGCGAGGACUUCUCCAACUCCGUGUCCACCGGCCUCAUGCGGCCCGCGUGGCUCAAGGGCAAGUACAUGUUGGUGCGCUACGAGGACCUGGCCAGGAACCCCAUGAAGAAGACCGAGGAGAUCUACGGUUUCCUGGGCAUCCCCUUGGACAGCCACGUGGCGCGCUGGAUCCAGAACAACACGCGGGGCGACCCCACCUUGGGCAAGCACAAAUACGGCACCGUGCGCAACUCGGCGGCCACAGCCGAGAAGUGGCGCUUCCGCCUCUCCUACGACAUCGUGGCCUUUGCCCAGAACGCCUGUCAGCGGGUACUGGCGCAGCUGGGCUACAAGAUGGCCAGCUCCGAGGAGGAGCUCAAAAACCCUUCCAUCAGCCUGGUGGAGGAGCGGGACUUCCGCCCCUUCUCGUGACCGGGGCUGCGUGGUGGGGGCGAGGAGCACAUGGUGUCGGUUUUGAUAAAAGGGACCGUUUUUAACUGUUGCCUUAUUUCCCCCCCGCCCUUUGUCACCCUGUCUUUGUGUCCUCCCGGCCCCCUGUCCACCUCCUGUCCGCCCCUCACUUCCUCCUGCCUCUCUUUGUCUCUGAAAUUUGCACUAUGUCUUGGACAGGAAUCCCCGGGGCAGAGGGGGCGGGAAAUGGGGUAGAGCCCCCGCCCCGCUCCGUUCAGACACACGGAUGUUGGGGCUCUGGUGGAUGGUGACAAUGUUUACAAGCACCACACUUACACUUUUGCAUACACACACGCAUACACACACGUGGGGGCCGGCGAGGAGAGACACCCCCAACCACACAACUUCUGAAGCUUUUCGAAUGGGCACGUGGUCAGGGUAUGGUAGUGUUUGCACUGUCUUACUUCUGGAAGGUAAGAGGUUAAAAACAAAAAGGCCACCCCUCUCUAAUUUAUGAAUGGUGUCUAUCCUUCCCCAUCUUGCUUCCGCCCCAAUGCCCAGGCCCCCGGAGCAGAGAAACUGCCCCCUCCUGCCCGCCCUUGCCUGUCGGUGAGCAGGUUUUUACUGUGAGGUGAAUGUGGACUUUGUUUAUUUUUUCCAAGUCUGUGGCAAUGCUGUUUGUCUGUCUGUCUGAGUCUUGUGGCUGCCCCUGGACCGAUGAUGGCUGAUAAAUAUUAUGGGUUUCGGAUUGAUCUUGGGGUUCAUCUCGUGAUAUUUCUCUGUGCCAAAAAAGAAAACAAAACAAAACAAGUGGUUCAGUUUGCUAAAUGAGCAUUGAAAUGCUUUAUCUGUGUUUUCUGUAAAUAAAAGAGUGCAAUAACA